GCAUGCGACUGAAAUCCUUGUCGGACGCUCGCCGCGGCGCUUCCGGCAUGGUGAAAAACUGGCGGUGAAAAAACGAGCCGUGCAUGCGGAUGCGGUAAAGUAAAAAACCGGGAGUCCUGCCACGUCGGCGUGGACGAAGCAUAUUCCAGGCUCUGUCACACAGGCUGGAAAUGAGAUGGCUCUCCUCGUCUAUCCACUUGGUUUGAGCUGAUUCGAUCCACGAUAUGGGCUCUUCUAUUCCAAUCCUCGCGGCGAUUUGGGGCUAAUUGGGCCGCGAAAUCGAGCAAAGAUCUGGGCUUUGCGCUCUCGUGCUCCCCCAAAUUCCCCAAUUUCUCAAGCUAAAAUGUGGGUUCUGGGUCUGGGCUCUAAAUUUCUCUCUCUUUCUUUUCUUUCCAUUUCUUUUCUUUCGCUUUGAUCAUUGACAGUUUGGUGUGUCUUGUUAUGGAAUGGUAGUAGCAUCAGGUGGGAUCUCUGGAUCGAAAGCGCCAUAGCCACCAUCUUAAGCUAAGCUAAAGAUCGAGGAGCUCUUUUGCUGGGAAGGCUCCAAGAGACAAAGCUUUUAAGUGUUUUUUCUCCUCUUUUGUGUUUUUGUGCUGCUAUGGUGUUUGGAGAGGCACAAGAGAUCAGGAGGGUAAUAGCACAGCAUAGCAGCAGACAAGCCUUUGAUUCUUUUGUUCUGUCCCCAAAAUAUCCCAUCCUCUCUCUCCAGCUGUGAUCUUCUUCCCAAAUUCCUCCGAGUUGAAUUCUUCCCAUUCUGAUUCUCACUCCUCGCUAGUCGAUCUCGGCGAGAAUUCCCUUUGUUGGUCUGGAUCAAUCACACAGGGACAGUGAGAUCUUUUCGCGAAUGCAAGCAAUGCUGCCUUGUAUUGCUUGCAAGCGGCAUGCGAUUGAGGACGAUGACGAAGACGAGGACGAGGACGAUUACACUGGAGGCCGAAACAACACAAUUACAAAGGCCGAGGUCAAGUCCUUGUCUUCACAGCUCAAAGACGUGGUUUUGAAGGUCUCGGCAGCUUACAGGCAAUGCAGGCCAUGCGCUGGAUCAAAGGGGAAAACUUUCGAGCACGAAUUCGUGAUUGGAAACUCGGAUGCUUCGUCGUCCGAGGAUCAGUGGAUCCAAAAGUCUGGGAUUCUCAAGAAGGAGAAUUAUCCCAGCAGUGCUGCGAGCUCCAUCUCUGAGGGCGCAGUCUCGGUGAAACAGGACGAGCAAUCCAGUAGUAAAGUUUCACCGAGUAGUCAAGCGAGUAGCAACAGCAGCAGUGGAUCCGCGGCGAAGAAUUCUUCUUCCAAACAAGAUCAUCGUGACCAACAUAACGAGAGGAACUGCGAGGAGACGAGCCAGGAAUGGGUGGCACAAGUCGAGCCUGGCGUUCUUAUAACUUUCAUAGCAAUGCCCAACGGAGAGAAUGAGCUCAAGAGAAUUCGAUUCAGUCGCGAGCUUUUUAACAAAUGGCAAGCUGAAGCAUGGUGGGCCGAGAACUGUGAGCGUGUUCACGAGCUCUACAACGUCUCUGGAAACGAUCACUCGUUUCCAAACAGCCAGAAAGAUCAAGUGGAAGCACAAACUUCGCAGCAAAAUCACGCGGAAGUGACAAAAUCCAACACCACGAGUGACGAACUGACCGAAUGGGUCGAAGAAGACGAGCCCGGGGUUUAUAUCACUGUGAAGCUCGGCCCAAAUGGCAACCGAGAAUUAAAGCGUGUAAGAUUCAGUCGCGAGAAGUUUAGCGAGAGGCAAGCAAAGCUAUGGUGGGAGAGGAAUCGCUUUAGAAUACAUGACAAUUAUUUGUAACGUCAAUUAUUUGAGCUUUACAUUGUUAGAGCUUCAAUUAUUUGUAACCUUUUAGGUCGUAGCUGGAUAUAAAAAGUAGCAUAGAUUGAUUUGGGAA